CGGAGGGGCGGGGCAGAGUGCCGGGGGGCCGACAAAUCCCUCUCACUGCGGGGAGAACACGCGCCGCCGCAGUAGCGAGGGUCGAGCCGCUGCGAAGGGAGCGGCUGUCCCCGGCCCGAGCUUCGGAGGCUUCCAGGCCGCGCAGUCUACUGGUUGGUGCUCAGACCCCUGGCGCCGCGGCGGGUCCCACCACGUGUUUUCGGCGGCGACAUGGAGCUGGAGGAGUUGGGGAUCCGAGAGGAAUGUGGCGUGUUUGGGUGCAUCGCCUCAGGAGAAUGGCCCACGCAGCUAGACGUGCCGCAUGUGAUCACUCUGGGACUCGUGGGGCUGCAGCACCGGGGUCAGGAGAGUGCUGGUAUUGUGACCAGUGAUGGAAAUUCGAUACCAACAUUCAAAACACACAAGGGAAUGGGUCUUGUAAAUCACGUAUUUACUGAAGACAAUUUGAAGAAAUUAUAUACUUCAAAUCUUGGAAUUGGACACACAAGGUAUGCCACUACAGGAAACUGUGAAUUAGAAAAUUGCCAGCCCUUUGUUGUUGAAACACUUCAUGGGAAAAUAGCCGUGGCACAUAAUGGUGAAUUAGUUAAUGCUGCUCGCUUAAGGAAAAAGCUUCUGCGUCAUGGUAUUGGUCUGUCAACAAGUUCUGAUAGUGAAAUGAUCACCCAGCUACUGGCUUAUACCCCUCCUCAGGAACAAGAUGAUACCCCAGACUGGGUAGCAAGGAUUAAAAAUUUAAUGAAAGAAGCACCCACAGCAUACUCUCUGCUUAUAAUGCACAAAGAUGUGAUUUAUGCAGUCCGAGAUCCCUAUGGAAAUCGUCCUCUAUGCAUUGGCCGUCUUAUUCCUAUUUCUGAUAUAAAUGAUAAAGAAAAAAAACCAUCAGAAACAGAAGGAUGGGUGGUGUCUUCAGAAUCUUGUAGCUUUUUGUCUAUCGGUGCAAGAUAUUACCGUGAAGUCUUGCCUGGAGAAAUUGUGGAAAUAUCCAGACAUAAAGUCCAAACUCUUGAUAUUAUACCAAGGUCUGAAGGAAACGCAAUGGCUUUCUGCAUCUUUGAAUAUGUUUAUUUUGCAAGACCAGAUAGUAUAUUUGAAGACCAGAUGGUUUACACAGUAAGAUACCGUUGUGGUCAGCAGCUGGCCAUUGAAGCCCCCGUGGAUGCAGAUUUGGUUAGCACGGUCCCAGAAUCCGCUACACCUGCCGCUCUCGGUUACGCAGCAAAGUGUGGGCUUCCGUACGUGGAGGUGCUAUGUAAAAACCGGUAUGUAGGAAGAACAUUCAUUCAGCCAAACAUGAGGUUAAGACAACUUGGUGUUGCGAAAAAAUUUGGAGUACUGUCAGACAACUUUAAAGGAAAAAGAAUUGUUCUUAUAGACGAUUCAAUUGUGAGAGGCAAUACCAUCUCACCCAUAAUCAAGUUACUCAGAGAAUCUGGUGCAAAAGAGGUACAUAUUCGCGUAGCUUCACCACCAAUUAGAUAUCCAUGCUUCAUGGGAAUAAACAUACCAACAAAAGAAGAGCUUAUUGCCAAUAAACCAGAAUUUGAGCAUAUUUCAGAUUAUCUAGGAGCAAGCAGUGUUGUGUAUCUGUCAGUAGAAGGACUGGUUUCAUCUGUACAAGAAGGAAUAACGUUGAAAAAACAGAGGGAGAAAAAGCAAGACAUUAUGGUUCAAGAAAAUGGGAAUGGUCUGGAAUGUUUUGAAAACAAUGGUCAUUGUACAAAGGAAGAUAUUAUGAUUCAAGAAAAUGGGAAUGGCCUGGAAUGUUUUGAAAAGAAUGAUCAUUGUACAGCUUGUCUGACUGGAAAAUACCCUGUGGAAUUGGAAUGGUAGCUGCCAGGGGCAGACAUGGUAUUUCAGGACACAGAAGUUGGUGAAAAAGUUGUAGUGGUUAUACCUCCGUUUACUAAGUUGGUACAAUGUGAAAUGCCACAUGCUUGUGUUGUAAGUUAUGAGAUUUUUUUUUUUUCUGAAAAGGAUACGAAAUUGCUAUGAUUUAUUCAGUAAUCCUGGAUAAAUACUUUGGCAUUAUCUAGGAAUUUGGAUGAUCCUUUCAGUUUUAUUCAGUACUGUUAUUUUUUAGAGAUCAUGUACAUUUCAGAUCAUCAGCAGUAAUGCAGCAGAUAGGUGAGUUUCUGUUUUAGAGAGGAUUGCCAGGUAUUAUACUCUCACAGGUUCUUAGGAAAUUUUGUGGAAUGUUUAAGAGUUAUUGAAAUUCACUUAUGGAAUAUUUUCAUAAUUGAACAUUGCUAACUGCAUUUAAUACAACAAUAUGUGUUUUGUUUUGUUUUUUCACUCAAGCAUUAGCUAGCUUGGUUAGAGAAGACACGUGGUUAAGUGUCAUUUGCCAGGUCCAUGCUUUAAAGAGUUUGCAAGAGGUUAGACUAAGGUGUUGUGAUGCAAACAGGACAUGUGAGCUCAUUGUUCAUUAUAUAUCAUACAAUUCAAUACAUCAGAUUCAAUUAAAUUUGAAUCCAUUAUACCCCAGUUAUCUAUCACUAGCGUUCUCUUUAAAAAAAAAAAAAAACACCUUUUGUGCCUCACUUUCCUCACCUGUGCGAUGAGGUGUUUAUAUUAUUAAAUUCAAUAACUAGCAGUUAUUUUGGUGGUUAGAGCCAUCAUCCACCUCCCAAUUUUAAGACAGUGAAUUAGCUUUUGAAAUGUUGGCUAUUGGUCUGCAGUCAAGAUUUCAAAAGGGAGACAUACAGCAGUGAUCUGCCACCUAGCUUUGAAAUGCCCUGAUGGUAAAAAGAUGUCUGUGCAAAAAAAUUUUCCUACAUUUUGACUAGCAAGUGUUAAUAUGAUCCAUACUACUUAGUGACCUUAUGGUAGAGGCACAGGAAGUAACCUAGUACAUUUGAAGUAAAAGAUAAGCUUUUUUAGAUUCUAACAAACAUUUUAUCCUUCCUUGGAUUAUAUGCCUUUCAGUGAAGUGCUUGAUCACUUGCAAACAUGUGUAUGCGAUGAGACGAUCAAGUAGAGACACUGCAGGGGCCGAUUUUAAGGAACAAGGAGACAACAACCUUUUCCAGUCAGUGUGUGCAUCUAAUUCCAAGCAUUAAUUCAUUAAUUUACCACUUGCUCUACUUUAUUGAGAUCUAAUGGAUUAGAUUUUUUUAAGUUUUUUUGUUUUUUUUUUAAUUGUUUGUUAACAUCUGAGGUGACUUGCCUUCAGUCCUUGCUUAUGUAAGAUUUUUAAAACAUAAAUGUUUUUAGGUGCAUUACCUUGAUGUGGUGUAGUGUCCAAAUCCGCCUAGAAUUAUAAUAUUUAUUAAUAACCAUAGUCUUUUUCUCUUCGUUCAGUAUUUAGUCUCAUAUGCUGUGUCAUGGCAGGCCAGGAGAAUCUGUUGACCGCUCCUUAAGCCCAUAUGUGGCAGGCAGCAGUGGUCACAUAACCCUGUGGGGACACAGCAAACAGCAUUUGAAUAUCGCCCUGGGACCAUUUGUGCAUGUAGCCUCUGGUCUUAAAUGUAUUCUUUGUGGCACCAUGGAGGAGGUGAGACCCUUGGGUCGCUUUUGAACUAGCCUUACUUACAUUUUUUACAUUUGAUUUUUUUAAAUAAAACAAGAGACUCAGGGAAAGUACUAAACCAAAAUCUCUGAUUUGACGUCUGUGUUUUCCAUAGUUUUUGGUUUUAUUGAAGUGUUUUUAGAAAAGAAAAUGGUACUGUGACACUUUAGUAAUUGUACAGAUUUCUGACUCUUUCUCCACCAUGACCUUUUAUUUCACAAGUUUCUGAAAUGUGAAUUACAGUUUUAUAUCAGUGUAAUCUCAAAUGUUGUUUAGCUGCUUUAAAUUUAUAUAGGUAUGGUAAGCUGCAGAGAAAAUGAGAAAUAUGUUUUCAUGGAAUCUAUAUGGUGAACUAAACUAAGCCUACUUUUUGUGACUUCCUUGUGAUGCAUUGGUGACAAAUACAUGUAAUAAGUAUGUAUUUUAUGGUUUUUAAAUAUGUGCGUGUACUUUUUCUAAAUAGAGAUUUUUAGGUAGUGCCUCAUGGUGAGCAGCACAUUGACAGUCAUACCCAGGAUUCAUUCUUGGCAUCACCUAGUUAUACCUUACUUCUCUGAUUCAGGCAUUUCAAUAAUAGGACAUCUCUUAUGAACCAGGCAAACUGUUGAUGGAGUAGGAGGGAUGAAUAAAGUAAUUAGAAAUGCAGUGCUAAGUAAGCACUACAAUAGUGGCCAAGUUCUGGGAAACACUAGCAAGAAUAGGGAAGGUGUCACAGAAGAGGAGGCUUAGAUUUUCAAACUGUGUGUGUUGUUGGGAUGGAGUACUCUUUAAAAUAAAAAUAAAGUAGAUAAAUGAACAAACUGUGGUACAUCCAGACAAUAGAAUAUUACUUGGUCCUAAAAAGAAAUACGCUGUCAA